AUGUCUAUCUCCAGCUUUCUGUCGCUCUUUUUCUUCUCAACAGGCGUUCUGGCCGCCGACAACACGCCAGUCUACGACUACGAUGUUCUCCAAUACAUCGAUCCACUCAUCGGAAGUGCCAAUGGAGGCAAUGUCUUUGCUGGUGCUUCCCUCCCCUAUGGCAUGGCCAAAGCCGUGGCCGACACCGACUCCCAGAGUAACCAGGGCGGCUUCGCCUUCGAUGGCAGCAACAUAACCGGUUUCUCAAGUCUACACGAUUCAGGAACUGGUGGAAGUCCUUCUCUAGGAAACUUUCCUCUUUUCCCCUAUGUGAAAUGUCAGAAUGACGAUGUCAAUGGCUGUGUCUAUCCCAAGAAGGAGCGGAAGACAGGCUAUGUCUCCGAAUCCGUCCAGGCAAGCCCUGGAUACUUUGGAUUGACCAUGAACUCGGGCAUCAAAGUAGACACGACUGUUUCUCAUCAUGCAUCGCUUUUCCGCUUUCAGUUUCCCACUGAUAAUGCGUCAAGUCCUCUCGUCUUACUGGACCUCAGCGACUUGUCGGAUACAAGGCAGGACAAUGGAACUGUCUCCGUGAAUGCUGAUACAGGACGCAUGACAGGCCAUGCGCGCUUUCUGCCCAGCUUUGGAAGUGGCUCUUACGUUCCUUAUUUCUGCGCUGAUUUUAAGAGUCCUGCAGGUAUUCGGGAUACCGGGAUCUUUGUCAACUCUAGGGCUAGCUCCGAAGUUAAGGAUCUUAAAAUCUCCCGAAGUAUCAAUGGAUACCCUCUUCCGGGUGGUGCUUUCGUUAGGUUCCAUUCCAACCCAGACCAGACGGUCCUAGCUAGAGUCGGUCUCAGUUUCAUCAGUAGCGAGCAAGCAUGCUCCAACGCUGAAUCUGAAAUCCCAGAAUUUGAUUUUGAAUCGACCCAUUCAACAGCCGUGAAACUAUGGACGGAGAAGAUGAGCCCUGUCAGAGUAUCAAGAGAAGGGGUAAACUCUUCUCUCCUUACCAAUUUCUACAGUGGCAUCUAUCGAACCAUGGUCAACCCUCAAGACUAUACUGGCGAGAACCCGCUUUGGAAUAGCAAGGAGCCAUAUUUUGAUUCUUUCUAUUGUCUCUGGGAUUCCUUCCGGUCUCAACUCCCUUUCCUGACCAUCACUGAUCCUACCUCGGUGGCUAAGAUGAUCCGCUCGUUGAUUGAUACUCAACGACAUCUGGGUUGGCUUCCUGACUGCCGCAUGUCACUUUGUAAAGGGUUCACCCAGGGUGGCUCCGAUGCAGACAUCGUUCUUGCAGAUGCAUACAUCAAGGGCCUAUCUGAUAACAUCGACUGGGAAGCAGGUUAUGCAGCCGUACAGAAAGAUGCCGAGGAAGAGCCAUACGACUGGUCAAGCGAAGGCAGGGGCGGACUAGUUAGCUGGAAAUCGCUGAACUACAUCCCUGUGGAAGACUUUGACUACCUGGGCUUUGGGCCCAUGACAAGGAGUAUUUCUCGCACGUUGGAAUAUUCGUACAAUGACUUUGUCAUUGCGCAGAUGGCCCGCAGCUUGAACAAGACUGGGGAUGCAGAGAAAUAUGAAUCAAGGUCUGGAAACUGGCAGAAUCUAUUCCGGGAGGAUCAAACGUCAUACCUCAAUGGUAAUGACACGGGAUUCAAGGGCUUCUUUCAGCCCAAGUACAUGAACGGAACCUGGGGAUUUCAAGACCCUCUGGCCUGCUCCAACAUCGACACCAGCGGAAAGGCUUGCUCACUAACCAACAACGGUCCCGAAACAUUCGAAUCCAGCAUCUGGGAAUACCAAUUCUUCGUCCCCCACGACAUGGCAACCCUAAUCACUCUCCUCGGCGGCCCAGCCCAAUUCACCCGCCGCCUCGACUACCUCCACGACAAAGGCAUCACCUACAUAGGCAACGAGCCCGCCUUCCUAACAGUCUACCAAUACCACUACGCCGGGCGUCCCGCAAAAUCCACCUCCCGAAUCCACACCUACAUCCCAUCCGCCUUCAACCCCACGCCCACCGGCCUCCCAGGCAACGACGACUCCGGCGCAAUGGGCUCCUUCGUCGCCAUAUCCAUGAUGGGCCUCUUCCCCAACCCCGGCCAGAACAUGUAUCUCAUCACCGCGCCCUUCUUUGAGUCCGUGCAGGUGACGUCGCCGGUUACGGGGAAGAUUGCCACGGUGCGUGUGGAGAAUUUCGACCCCGCGUAUCGUGAUGUGUUUGUGCAGUCUGCGAGGUUGGAUGGGGUGGUGUAUAAUAGGAGUUGGGUGGGUCAUGAUUUUUUCACGCGGGGGAGGGAGUUGGUUCUUGUUUUGGGGAGGAAUGAAAGUAGCUGGGGGACGAGGGAUGAGGAUUUGCCGCCCUCGUUGUCGACUCGGGGGGUUACUUUGGAGGAGGAGAGGGAUGGGAGGGUGGAUUUGGGGCAUGGGCGUGGUCAUGUUCGUGGGAAGAGGCAUCAAGGUUAUGCAUAG